AACAUUUGUGAAAAUAAAAACAACUCAAAAGUGGAAAAAUUAUAAACGUUUAGUAAAAUGCCAGAGUUAGAGCUGCAAAGUGCACCGGGUUUUAGUGAUCCGACCCAGACACUGUCUGGUCCGAUUAUUGGAAUCAUUUAUCCACCGCCUGAAGUUAGAAACAUUGUUGACAAAACUGCAAGUUUCGUUGCUAGGAAUGGCUAUGAAUUCGAAAAUCGUAUCCAUCAAAGUGAAAUGGGAAACAAGAAGUUCAGUUUCUUGAAUCCCGGUGAUCCUUAUCAUGCCUACUACCAAUUUAAGGUUCAGGAGUUCAAAGAAGGAAAGAGCUCAGCAGUUCCUGGCAUGAAAAAUUUGUCAAUUUCGGCAGUUCAACUGAAACAACAGGAACUACUGAAGCAAGCCACUGAACAGUUUGUGCCAAAGGAACCACCACCAGAGUUUGAGUUUAUUGCUGAUCCUCCUUCGAUUUCUGCGCUGGACUUAGACAUCGUCAAGCUUACAGCUCAGUUUGUCGCCCGUAACGGUCGUCAGUUCCUCACAAAUCUCAUGAAUCGUGAACAGCGCAACUUCCAGUUUGACUUUCUUCGUCCACAACAUUCACUGUUCCAAUACUUCACAAAACUACUUGAGCAGUACACAAAGAUCCUAAUUCCACCAAAGGAUCUCCUCCCAAAGUUAAAAACAGAACUUGAUUCAUCAAGAGAUGGAACAAAUGCAAUCCUCGACCAAGUCAAGUACCGAGCAAAUUGGUUAAAGCAUGAAGAACAGCAAAGACGUCGUGAAGAAGAGAAAAUUGAACGUGAACGAGUCGCAUAUGCUCAAAUUGACUGGCAUGACUUUGUGGUCGUUGAAGUUGUCGAGUAUCAGCCAUACGAAAGUGGAAAUUUUCCAGCACCGACCACACCAGAAGAAGUCGGUGCUCGUGUCAUUAUGGAACAGCGAUUCGUCGAGGAAGACAAUGACAUUGAGAUGCAAAUUGAGUCAGAUGAGGAACUAAAUGAACAGCAAGUUCCACAUCAAAAUAUCAAAUUGUCAGUCAUGGAAAAUCGUAUCAAGGACAACACACAAAUUCAAGACAUGGAUGAGGAGUCCAGCGAUGAUGACAAUCAACCACCGAAACAAGUUGCACCAGUCAUGCCGCCAACACAUGACAAGGUUAUUGUUAAGAAGUACGAUCCAAAGCAAGCACAGAAAAUUGUCAAACCAUCGCCAACAUCCGAGGAAUAUCUCAUAUCCCCAAUUACAGGCGAGAAGAUUCCAGCAUCAAAAGUCGCUGAGCAUAUGCGUAUUGGACUUCUUGAUCCACGCUGGGUAGAGCAACGCGACAAGAUGCUUGAAAAGGUACGCGAGGAACAAGUUUAUGCUCCUGGAUCUGCUAUUGAAGCUAGUUUGAAACAACUUGCUGAACGUCGUACGGAUAUUUUCGGUGUUGGUGACGAGGAAGCUGCAAUUGGUAAAAAACUUGGUGAAGAGGAACGAAAAGACGAACGAGUUACAUGGGAUGGUCAUACAUCUAGUGUUGAGGCAGCAACUCGUGCAGCAGCUAGAAAUGUCUCACUUGAGGACCAGAUCCAUCAAAUCCACAAAGUCAAAGGACUUUUACCAGACGAAGAAAAAGAAAAGAUUGGACCAAAACAAGUUGCGACAGUCUCAGCACCUCCAAGACCUCCAAUGCAUGGAAUGCCUGGAAAUAUGCCCCAUCACUCAGCUCCUCCUAUGCCAGCUGUUCCACCACCGCCAGUUAUGAUGAUGUCACAAAUGAGACCGCCAUUGAGGCCACCUCCUUUGAUUCCACCACCAUUCCCAGUUGGAUUUGGAAUGCCACCAAAUCUCGCACCAGCACCGCCAGUCAUGGAUAUGAACGAAGAUGAGCCAGCAAGCAAGAAAUCUCGUCAAGAAGACAGUCUCAUCCCAGAAGAUGUCUUUAUGCAGCACCACAAGAGUCCAAUUACAAUUCAAGUUCAAGUCCCAACAUCCAGUGAUAAGCCUGAAUGGAAACUUAAUGGACAAUUGCUGUCUAUUAACAUUGGAUUGCCUGAAACGAUUCAAAAGUUGAAGCAGAAGGUACAGGAAGAGACAGACAUGCCACCGGCUAAGCAAAAGAUAUCACAUGAUGGAAUAUUCUUUAAGGAUAGCAAUUCUGUAGCUUAUUAUAACUUGUUGUCGGGUGUGACUGUUCAUUUGCAGAUUAAGGAACGUGGUGGUAGGAAGAAGUAAAUUUGUAGGAAGGGAUUGAAGUCGG